UGAUAACCAUAGCAAUGUUACAAGUGGGAGCAAAGUUAUACAUAUUAUUUGAUGUUUGUUUUGUUGAAAACUUGUGUGCAUUGUCUGUUUCUGUUCACAACAUGAUUUAUGGUUUUUCUGGGAAGAUUUGUCCUUUGAUACCUGAAGGCAUUAUGAAGAGGCUCCCUAAAGACCUCUGUUAUCCGUUCCCUCUUUAAAUGGGGGAGAAUAAAGAUUAAGAUAUGUCAGUAUCAAAAAAAAAAAAAAAAAAAAAAAGACUCAUAAGAUUCAUUAUGAAUUCGUGCAAAUUAACGGUCUUAGAUAUAUACGUUGUAAUAUAACAUUCCUAAAAAAAAAACAUAAGUAGGAUGGGAAGAAUAAAGAUUAAUUUAUAAGAUCCAAGUGAUUUUUAAAAAAAUCUAAUCUCCUUGCAUUGAUCUGCUGUGUGACGACAUUUGCAGUUUAAAUCGGGACUAUUUUGCAUUGUGCCAUUGGUUUUGAGUUUCCUGUUUCGUCAUUGCUAAGCGAACUUUCAGUGGGAGCAGAGCACUGAUGCUUAUUUAAAACAAGUCCAUUUCAACUCGCCAAAGCCCAGAAGACCUGCUGAGAUCUGCUUCUUGAGUGUUUUUGCAAUACGAGCCAAAAUUAACAACCACCAAAGGAACUUGGACGGUGCGCAUUGGUUAUGAAUCGCUGAGUUGGAAGUCUGUAAUUUUUAGAUAAUCGUUUUAUCACUGAGUUUUCUACCUUAAACCCAUGCCUGCUCCUGGAAAAAUGAGAAAGCCUGAUAUUAAAAUUGUAAUCCUGGGAGACAUGAAUGUAGGGAAAACGUCCCUCCUGCACAGGUACACAGAGAGAAGCUUCAAGGAAACUUUAAGCACAAUCGGCGGAGCGUUCUUCUUGAAGCAGUGGGGACCGUACAACAUCUCUAUCUGGGAUACAGCGGGUCGUGAACAGUUCCAUGGUCUAGGCUCCAUGUAUUGUCGUGGUGCUGCAGCCAUCAUUCUCACGUAUGAUGUCACAAACUGGCAGAGCUUCGUAGAGCUUGAAGAUCGCUUCCUAUCUCUCACUGACUCAGCAAAUAGUGACAGCAUAUUUGCCAUUGUGGGCAACAAAGCAGACCUCACUGAUCCUCAACCCCAUGUUAUGACCCUGGAGGAAGUCAGGGCAGAAGACGAUAGUGUGCUUCCUCUUCCAUCCUUUCCCACACCUCCAGACUCUCCCUUGCACAAACAGGUGAGUCAGGAUGAUACCAUAGCACUGUACAACCGCAUAAUUCGCUAUAAGGCACUAGAGGGAUCCAGCCCACCAGCGGAAAAGAUGUGCUUUGAGACAAGCGCUAAGACUGGAUUUAACGUAGAUAUUAUGUUUGAGACACUCUUUGAUCUGGUGUUGCCAUCCAUCAUUCAAAAACGCUCCCAAAGUGAGUCGCCGAUAUUGUAUUUGGAGGACUGUAAUGAAGAGGGGAUGAAGAGCAAAGGGGAAUGUUGCAAAUGAAAAUAUUUGCAGAAGAGCAUCUGGAGUCUUUCAUGAAUAUACAUUUAUUUAUGGACAUUGUUAUUUGAUCUGUUUUAGAGCUGUUUACUGUCACAGUAAAUAAUGUACAUUGUCAGUGAACAAGUGCACAUUGUUAUCUCUGUUCUGACUCAUGUCAGUGUGCGUUUGAGAUAUUGUUUUCACAAAUAGAUCACAAAGAAUUUGAACUUAAGUUACUCAGAGUUUUGGCCCUCAAGUUGAUCACUUGCUUCUGAACUCUAUAAAUAGUUGACAUUGA